AUGCUGAGUGAGGAGUAUAAUUUAGGGAGUGCAAAUAGCAUGACAUCAACUCAUUUAUCGAUGAAAAAGCAGAAAAUUGUGUUGAUGAAGUUUAUGGUAGCUCAAGUGACUAAGAAGAUUAUGCAACGGUAUGCAAGUCUGCUGGUGACUAUGCAUAGUGACGAUACUUCUAAUACUGGUUCAAAUCAUUCGAAAACAGCUCGAUUUGUGGAAAUAAUUCUGCACAGAGCCAAAUCAUCGCACUUACAGUUCAAGAAAGUUUGUUGCAUUGUGAUCAAGUUUCUAGAUUGUUGUUUGAAGGAAACGAAUUAUAUGAAGUUUUUAAAGUUCAACCUGCAUAAACUCUUUGUAGCCGCUUUUAUAUUAAGCGUGCCAAAUGUUGUAGGUAAUGACCGUGAUAGGAUAACCACAAGGGAUGAGACGUACCAUUCUUACUCAAAAAUAACAGGCCUAUCACUAGAGGAAGUGAUAAAUUGUUGUUCUAUAGUGAGACCCGUACUUAUUCGGCGAGGUAGACAGCAACGUAAGCAAAUGUUAUCCCGCCGUGAUCAGCAUUCCUAUUUCUCUAGAAGUGCUUUCAUGAACUCUCAUUCAUCAUCAGCAUCUUCUUUUUUCUCUAGAAACCGAUCAGCCAAUGAUCUACUUGUACAUACAAAUGCAUAUUCGUUUCCUAAUCAUUCCGACGAGGAAGACCAUAAUCGGCGGUGGGAGCAUGGAGAAGCAAACAGUAUGGAGGAGAAUGCCGGUACGUAUCAACAAACUACGUUUAUACCAGAUACACCGAACGUUCUACAUUCGAGAUCAAUGAUUGAGUGCGGAAUUGAACCCAUGCAGACAGUUGAUUCUAGUGAAUUGUCAGGUCAAAGCAACGGGUAUGUUUUAAGGGCAGAAUUACAGGAGUUUAACAACAUUGGUAAGAAAUUAGUUCAAGAUUCUUUUAGAAUAAUAUAG